UGCAAGUAAAAAAAUACCCACCAUGUCAACAGAAUCUGUGGAAAUCGAUGAUGGAUUAUACAGUCGACAGAGGUAUGUUCUUGGUGACACAGCAAUGCAGAAGAUGGCCAAGUCCCAUGUCUUCUUAAGUGGUAUGGGUGGUCUUGGAGUUGAAAUUGCAAAGAAUCUUGUUCUUGCAGGGAUUAAAGCCCUGACAAUUCAUGAUACAAAGAAAUGCCAAGCAUGGGAUCUAGGGACCAAUUUCUUUCUGUGUGAAGAUGAUGUUACUAAUGAGAGAAACAGGGCUGAAGCUGUACUUCAUCAUAUUGCAGAGCUAAAUCCAUAUGUUCAUGUCUCAUCAUCCUCUGCCCCAUUUGAUGAAACCACAGACCUCUCCUUCUUGGAAAAAUACCAGUGCAUAGUAUUGACUGAAAUGAAACUGACAUUACAAAAGAAGAUCAAUGACUUUUGCCAUUCUCGUUGCCCUUCAAUUAAGUUUAUUAGUGCAGAUGUACAUGGAAUUUGGUCCAGGUUGUUUUGUGAUUUUGGUGAUGAAUUUGAAGUUUCAGAUACAACAGGAGAAGAACCAAAGGAAAUUUUCAUUUCAAACAUAACGCAAGCUAAUCCAGGCAUUGUCACUUGCCUUGAAAAUCAUCCUCACAAACUUGAAACAGGACAGUUCAUAACAUUUCGAGAAAUUAAUGGAAUGACAGGUUUAAAUGGAUCAGUUCAACAGAUAACUGUGGUCUCACCAUUUUCCUUCAGCAUUGGUGAUACUAUAGGACUGGAUCCAUAUUUACAUGGAGGCAUAGCUGUACAAAUUAAGACUCCUAAAACAUUUUGCUUUGAAUCCCUGGAGAAGCAGAUAAAACAUCCAAGGUACCUUAUUGCAGAUUUUAGCAAACCUGAGGCACCUCUUCAGAUUCAUGCUGCUAUGCUUGCCUUGGACCAGUUUCAGGAAAACUACAACCGUAAGCCAAAUAUCAGAUGUCAGCAAGACUCAGAUGAACUGCUGAAACUAACAAUAGCUAUAUGUGAAACCUUGGAAGAGAAGCCUGAAAUGAAUCCUGACAUUGUGCGCUGGCUCUCGUGGACUGCUCAAGGCUGUUUAUCCCCACUUGCUGCAGCAGUUGGUGGUGUUGCCAGCCAAGAAGUAUUAAAAGCUGUGACAGGGAAGUUUUCUCCUUUGUGUCAGUGGUUGUAUCUUGAAGCCGCAGAUACUGUGGAAUCCCUAGGCAGUCCUGGUCAUGAGGAGUUCCUCCCACGAGGAGAUCGAUAUGAUGCCUUACGAGCCUGCAUUGGGGAUGCAUUGUGUCAGAAGCUACACAAUCUGAAUGUCUUCCUAGUAGGAUGUGGCGCCAUAGGCUGUGAAAUGUUAAAAAAUUUUGCAUUACUGGGUGUUGGUACAGGCAGAGAGAAAGGAAUGGUUACAGUUACAGAUCCUGAUUUGAUUGAAAAAUCCAAUCUGAACAGACAAUUCCUGUUUCGUCCCCAUCACAUACAGAAACCUAAAAGCUAUACUGCUGCUGAAGCAACUCUGAAAAUAAAUCCUCAAUUAAAAAUAGAUGCACACCUGAACAAAGUUUGUCCAGCCACUGAGAGUAUAUACAGUGAUGAAUUUUAUACUAAGCAAGAUAUCAUUAUUACAGCACUAGAUAAUGUGGAAGCCAGGAGAUAUGUAGACAGCUGGAACAAUGGGCACAAAGUGACAUACUGAAUUAAUUGUACCUCAGUUGACUGAAUCAUAUAACAGUCACCGGGACCCCCCAGAAGAGGAAAUACCAUUUUGUACUCUAAAGUCCUUUCCAGCUGCUAUCGAACAUACUAUCCAGUGGGCAAGAGACAAGUUUGAAAGUUCCUUUUCCCACAAGCCUUCAUUGUUUAACAAAUUUUGGCAAGCCUAUCCUUCUGCAGAAGAUGUUUUACAG